UGGCUCCAUUUCUCUUCAUCGAUCCAUUCGAGAAGCAAUACAGAAGCAUAAUUUGCAACCAGAGCAUCAUCUCCUCCUCGCUAGAAAUGGCCAUUCCAGUCAUCGAUUUCUCGAAGUUGGAGGGGAGGGAAAGAGCUGAAACCUUGGCACGGAUUGCCAAUGGAUGCCAAGAAUGGGGAUUCUUUCAGCUGGUGAACCAUGGGAUUCCGGUGGAGCUCUUGGAACGCGUAAAGAAGGUGUGCUCCGAGUGCUACAGGCUCAGAGCAGAGGGCUUCAAGGCGUCCAAACCUGUGCAGCUGUUGAACAAGCUGGUGGAAGAAGAAGGCGACGCCGCCGAUGCCGAGCGCUUGGAUAACGUGGAUUGGGAGGAUGUCUUCCUUCUCCAGGAUGACAACGAGUGGCCUGCCAACCCUCCAGAGUUCAGGGAGACCAUGAAGGAGUACAGGGAAGAGCUGAGGAAGCUGGCUGAGAAGGUGAUGGAAGUAAUGGAUGAGAAUCUGGGGUUCGAGAAGGGCUCCAUCAGGAGCUCAUUCUCCGGAAACGGCGAG